CUAACCAACAACAUUGUUGUAUAAUUUACUUUUCAUCCCUUCUCUUUGUUUUCGUUUACCUUCAUUUUAGAUAUAAACAGUUAGAUAGUAGUCAUUUUAUUAAGCGAUGUUGGUCCUCUGUCCGCGUUUUAGUAUCGUACAUAAAAAUUAAAAAUUAAUGUGUACAAUGGUUUACAAGAAUACCAUAAUUUACAUGAAACUUAAGAAAAGAUAUCAAAAAUGAUUGGGUCUUCUUUUGCUGUCAUCAUUUUGUUGUCUUUAGGCCAAUUUUCAGAGACUCAAUCUGAUGUAGGCAAUAAUUCUGUCCACCCUUUUCAAUUGAAUCAUGAACGGUAUAUAGACAUGAUGACUGAGACUGAUGAAGAUGAUGAACCUAAUUCAAUAGAAAAAGACUUUGACAAAGAAGAUGGUAAUAGUGGCUCGCUUUUAUUUUUCAGUGGAAAUUCCAAUGUAAACAUUAAUGAUGAUGAGUCGACAGAUGACAAAAAAAGGUUUAAUUGUCUUCUUUGUGAGUCCAAUGAUAUCUCAAAGUAUGAAUGUAAAGAAGAUGGUACUCACAGUUCUGCAUGUAUGCGAGCUAUUAAAUGUUAUAAAUCAAGAGUUCGUGAAGAUGGAAUUGAACGUGUAAAUAGAGGGUGUGUUACUAAUCCAAAACAGAUUCAUCCAUGUAUUCAAUCUGUUUCCUCUCAUACUACAUAUUCAGCUGAAGCUGGUAUUCGUCAAUACAUUAUAGAAUGUUGUGAAGGUGAUAAUUGUAACAAAGGUGAAUUUCCCGUUCUUCCUUUAGUUAACAUUGAAAAUAAAUUUAGUGAUAGUAGCAUGGAUUUAGAAAAAUUUAAACUUUUUAUUGCCAUAAUAACUCCAAUAGUAUGUGUACUUCUUAUGGCUUUAAUAGUUGUGGCUAUUAUGCGACGUAACCAUAGAAAACGGUUGAUAUCUGCAGCAGCAGCAGCCGCAUCUAGAUUUGAUAUUAGUCAAUUAGACAAUCAUUAUGUUACAAUGGACUUAUUACGUGAUCAUGUGCAACCCAAUGAUGAUGAUGACUACAUGUUAAAUGAACAUUCCAUGACAUCUGGUAGUGGGUUUGGUUUACCACUGCUAAUGCAACGAACACUAGCCAAACAAAUAACAUUACUUGAUACAAUUGGUAAGGGUCGUUAUGGAGAAGUAUGGAAAGGUUUAUGGCAUGGAGAGCAUGUUGCUGUAAAAAUAUUUCUCUCAAAAGAUGAACCUUCAUGGAAACGAGAAACUGAAAUAUACAGUACUGUACUCAUGCGUCAUGAUAAUAUACUUGGAUUUAUUGGUUCAGACAUUAUGACUUCAAGAAAUUCUUACACUCAAUUAUUACUUAUUACACAUUACCAUAAAAAUGGUUCAUUGUUUGAUUAUUUGAACAAUCAGAAUGUAGCUCCACUAACUCGUGAUCAAAUGUUAAAAAUCUGUUUUACUACAGUAAAUGGUAUUGUACAUUUACAUACAGAAAUAUUUGGAACACAGGGAAAACCAGCUAUUGCUCAUAGGGAUAUUAAAAGCAAAAAUGUAUUAGUAAAAAAUAAUGGAGCAUGUGUUGUAGCAGAUUUUGGAAUGGCUGUUCUAAAAACAGAUGAGAUGGUUUUGGCAGCUAAUCCAACUCGAGUUGGAACUAAAAGAUACAUGCCACCUGAAGUACUUGACGAAUCAAUUAUUGAAUGCUUUGAGUCAUUUAGACGAGGAGAUAUUUAUUCACUAGCACUUGUUUUGUGGGAAGUUUGUGCUCGAACAGCUUGCAAUGGUCUUGUAGAAGAUUUGCAGUACAAACCUCCAUAUCAUGAUCGAGUUGGUUAUGAUCCAAGUUUUGAUGAAAUGCGAAAAGUUGUGUGUACUGAACGUCAUCGUCCAUAUGUACCCAAUCGCUGGUCAUCAGAUCCAAUUUUAAAAGGUAUGGCUGAAUUAAUGCGUGAAUGUUGGCAUCAAAAUCCUAAUACUCGACUUCCAGCACUACGUAUCAAGAAAACUAUUAGCAAAUUAUGGUCUUCUUUAUCUAAUUCUCCUGAUUGUGCUGAAGACAAUACUUCUAAUAUAGCAAUUAACAAUAAUAUGAUGUCGGAUAACAAUAGAAUAGAUUAUGUUUAGUUGAAUUUUCAGCGUAUUAAAUCACUCAUUUUUGAUUAUUAUGUGAUUAACAAUACUGUGAGAAAAGGUCCUUUUUUAAUAAUUAAUAUUUUUAAGACGGAGUUAAAAACUAUUAUGUAUUUAUUUAUUUGUUGUAAUAAGACUGCUAUUGUAUACUUAGAGAUACAAUUUUUAUCGUAUUAUACUUUUAGUUUUUAUCUUAGUUAACAAAUUGAAAGGUUACAAAUAUAAUAAAAAACAUUAUUUGACCACAA